UGGCACAACGGCCCUCACAAGUUGUGCCAAACGUUAACUUUUUAAACUGCAAACACUUUCUCAUUUGUUUUAUUGGUCAGAACGUUUCUUGUAUGACCCUUUUCUUCCAUUCUCUCAAUCUUCUUUAACAACACAAUCAAAGUUGAUUUAAUCUCUUUCAUUUUUUUUUUCAAUCCAGAUAGUCAUAUACUUUACAGGGUUUUCAAGAAAAAGAAUUGAGGAUUUGACUGUUUUACUUUACAUGCCAAAGUAAAAAGAGAUCAUGGAUUUGUUGGUGGCUGCAGCAACUACUGCAGCUGGGCACAUAGCUGAAUUUUGGCAGAGCCUGUUUCCAAAGGACCAAGAAGCUUCCUUGCAAGCCACUGGAGAGGCCAGUACUAGUGAUGUUCAAGGAACAAAGAAUGAAGUUGGUGUUCUUGGUAGUAGAAGCAGGCAGCUUAGAAGUAAGUCUUGUGGGCAUUUUGUUAAGCCAGUGAAUUCUUCAGAAAGUAGGAUGGCAGCUCAGCUGUAUAGGGUGAGUGCUAGAAUGGAAAAGUAUGUGUGCAAUUCAAUUCAUUCAAUAACCACACUGGCCAUUAGACCAUUGUUGGUGACAGAUGGGAACCAAGUAAUCUGCAGAGAUAGCAGUAGUUUCAAGGACAUGCAAAUUGUGAGUAAAAUGAAGCGAAGUAUUGGAAAGGCGCAGCGGUCUAGAAGAUUGAGCUGUUGCCAAACAAGGGCAUCUUCUAGUGGUGGUGAUGGUGGAGCAUUUCAUUCUCAAGUUGCUAUUAAAAGAGAAGUGGACAACUUGAAUGCUGUAUUGAAGCAGGCUAAGAACUUGGUUCAAGAUUUACAUGAGGAGCUCAAGAUUAAUGAUUUGUAUACUUUUAAAGAGCUCAGUAAUGAGGAUUUUGAAUCCUGUGGAGCAAAUGGAUUUUCUUUCCUCGAUCAUAUACCAAAUGCGUCUCUUACUGGGCUAGAAUUAGAUAAAUCUAAAAAAUAUGAUGGGAGGGAGCCAGAUUAUCAGGAGGCAGAUGACUCGGAGGCAAAAAGUAAAAUUGAGGCAGAGCUUGAAGCUGAACUAGAGAGGUUGGAAUUAAACAUGAAGACAUAUAGUCUAGAUAGAAUAUCAAACGAUGUUGAGCUGGAUCCCAACUUUGUAGUUGAUGUUGUUCAAGAAGAUCUGCCACCCCUCAAGCUCACUAGGCCACCUGGUUGUUUAUCUGACUCAGACUGUGAUGUAGAUGGGACCUCCACCCCCACCGAUUACACUCAUACAGCAGACUGUGGAGUGUCACCUAGGGAGUUGAGCAUACGUCUCCAUGAGGUAAUUCAUUUGCAGCUUGAAGCACGUAUCAUGGAACUCAAGACUGCGCUUGAAGACACCCAGAUGAGUUUGCAUGCCAUUGAAUCAGAACAUAUGAUCUCUCAAAAUAACUUGUAUGUGGAAAAAAGAUCUUCAACCCAAGAAAGCCCAACAUUUAUGGAUGAAGGCAAUGUGGAUGGACGACCUUUCAUUAUAAAUACGUCAGGGGAAGCUCUAGAUUUAUAUAUUGAGGCUUAUGAAGAAUUUAUCAAGAUGACUAUAACAGAUGAAGGGGCUCCACCAGAAACAACAUACAACAGUGAUAAGAAAGAAUUGAAUCCUUUUCACAAAAAUAUGUUAAAGGGUCAAGAUGGUGAUGGUACGGCUAAUGAGUCCAGUUCACAAUGUGAUAUCAUUGAGGAGAAAUGGCCAAGGAAUUUAGAUCAUAACAAUACAGGAAAGAGUGAAGAUGUUGAUGAAGACGAUCAUGAGAUGGGAAAGCUAUUGAUAAAGCAGAUUGUGGAGAAGACCAGGCAAGGUUCUUCUAAGGUUUUAAAUGCUCAAAGAAUGCUGAAAUCAAUGAAUAAGCAAUAAAUGUCAUGAUGCUAGGUUGAAAAACAACAACCAUGACAACCAAGCUUUAGUUUCAAAUUUUUUGAAAAACUAUAAAUCUUCAACAAACUAAUCAAGAUCAACAAAUGUUUUUUUAGGCA